AUCCAUCAUCAGCACUAACAACUUUGCGCUUCAUUCAAAGCUCUCCUGAACUCCUUCUCUUCUUCAAUAUUAACCUUAUAUCUGGACAUCAUGGCAGUACUCAGCUACCUCCUCAUGAUCAUGGCUGCUACGGGUAGUGUUAUGGGAGCUGACGUUCACGUCUGUACGGAUAAAAACUAUGGCGGGAGAUGCCAGUACUGGGUCAGCGCGCAUGGUUCCUGCGUAACCUUUUUGGCCGCUGCUACCUGGGACAAAAAGGCCAGCUCAAUCUUCAUGGGUCCAGCGGACAGUAAAGAGAAGUGCUACUUCUACGAUGGUUGGGCUUGCGACGGAACUCGAGGAGGCCCUAUUACUGCUGGCGGGCCUAUCUCGGACUUGACGCCGCAUACGUGGAAUGAUCGCAUCAGCUCCUUCAAAUGCGUUGAUUAA